ACCAAUUCCCCAAUUUUUUUGUUUCCAUUCCACAAAACCACAACCGCGCGGUUUUCUCCCUCCCCCGACUCCCGCGGCGCAAGCGCAGCCCACCCAAGCGCCAUGGCCCCCGCCGCCCCCGACGCCGACGCCUAUGAUAUCCCGUGGGUGGAGAAGUACCGCCCCUCCCGCGUCGCUGACGUCGUCGGAAACUCCGAUGCCGUCGCCCGCCUGGAGGUCAUUGCCCGCGACGGCAACAUGCCCAACCUCAUCCUCUCCGGGCCUCCGGGGACCGGGAAGACGACGAGCAUCCUGGCGCUGGCGCAUGAGCUCCUCGGGCCCAGCUAUCGUGAUGCCGUGCUGGAGCUCAAUGCCUCAGAUGACAGGGGUUUGGAUGUUGUGCGGAACAAGAUCAAGAUGUUUGCACAGAAGAAGGUCACCCUACAGCCAGGGCGGCACAAAAUCGUGAUCUUGGAUGAGGCUGACAGCAUGACAUCAGGAGCACAGCAAGCUCUGCGAAGAACAAUGGAGAUCUAUUCAAACACCACUAGAUUUGCACUUGCAUGCAACACAUCAUCAAAGAUAAUUGAACCCAUUCAAAGCCGAUGUGCUAUCGUCAGGUUCUCAAGGCUCUCUGAUCAGGAGAUCCUCGGUCGCCUCAUGAUUGUUGUGGCAGCUGAGAAGGUGCCUUAUGCGCCAGAGGGGCUGGAAGCUAUCAUAUUUACUGCUGAUGGUGACAUGAGACAAGCUUUGAACAACUUGCAAGCUACAUUUAGUGGGUUCCGCUUUAUUAAUCAAGAAAACGUGUUCAAGGUGUGCGAUCAACCACAUCCCUUACAUGUCAAGAACAUGGUGAAAAACGUGCUCGAUGGAAAGUUUGAUGAGGCAUGCUCUGCACUGAAGCAACUUUAUGAUCUGGGAUACUCUCCUACUGACAUUAUCACUACUCUCUUCCGUGUUGUCAAGAAUUAUGACAUGGCUGAAUAUCUGAAGCUGGAAAUGCUGAAGGAAACAGGAUUUGCACACAUGAGAAUCUGUGAUGGUGUUGGAUCAUUUCUUCAGCUUUCUGGUCUACUUGCCAAGUUUGCGCUUGUGAGGGAAACUGCAAAAGCACCAUGAACUCGUUGUAUUCCAGAUGAUAAUAGCUUGUGUCAUGCUGUGCUAUCAUGGUAACCUAGUUCAGUUAAUAGCGCUGUCAUGCGUGGCUUAAUGUCUACAGACGUGAUGUAUCUCUGUAAGAUAGUGCUUUCUGAAGAAACAACUAUCAUGUUUACCCAGUGUAGCAGAUCUA